GGGUCCAUUUUUCAGCUAGCUGGGGGACUUAAGAUUUUAUUUUAGUUCACACCCCUAAGACCUCCACUGCACGAUAUCCACUCCCUGACCUCGCAGGGCCUCCUCCUCACUUACUUCCGGUUGUAUCUGUCCCUCCUGGCAUCGCUCCUCUGCUCAGCCUGCUGAGAGCACCCUUGGGCUUGCGCUUGUCAUCUGCUCACUUCCUUCAGCACUCUAGCAGCUCCGAGUGUCCUGAUCUGGGCUGGCUGGUGUGACUUCCAGUUGAUGAUCAGGAACCUCUUGGGGCCCUCCUUAGUAUCUGCUGGUUGCUUUCUUUGUCUCAGAAAUGAAUCUUUCACACUUUCUCAUUCAUCUGGAAGGCUUCCCAUGUCCCCUUCCACCCUCUUCUUUCUCCGAUCCUUUACUGAGAAAAUAGAAACCAUCAAAUGAGGGCCCCUCCUCUCCUUUGGCUCCAAGGGAGGGAGCAUUUUCUCCCAGUGGCAGGUCAAGCUUUCUGCAUGUCUCUGGUUGCCCACUCGUCUGUCUUUGGGCUCUAGACUAAUGCCAAAGUAGCCAUAAAAUGCCACACACCCUAUAGUCCAGCAGUGUAUAGUCAGUCGCUAGCCAAUGUCAUCUCUGUAACCCAGUGAGAAUUCCUGACAACAACUUUUGUAAUCGCUCCUCCUCCUGAUUUGUCCUUUUUUUCUUUAAAAAUGUUUUUUUUCCUCUUCCCUGCCUCUUUUCUGGCAUUAGUGGCCUCUGUUUCUAUCCGCGCAAAAGCACGCUCAUGUUUCUCAAGCAAACAAAACCCCACUCUUGAUCCCACAUAUAGCCCCUUUCUCUGCUUCUUUCAGAGUGUCCACCUAAAAUAAUGAAAAAAGUGGGAAUUUAAUUUAAAGAGAGUCUGUUUAGACACAAAGGUUGAGGACUGCAGCCUGGGACACACUUCCAGUUUGCCUUGGGGAGUGCUGUGGAGAACACCAAGAGAGGCUCAAGUUUUUAAAGAAAAAAAGGACAAAUCAGGAAGGGGAGCGAGUAUAAAAGUUGUUGUCAGGAAUUCUCACUGGUUUACAGGGAUGACGUUGGCGAGCGAUUGACUAUACACUGCUGGACCAUAGGGUGUGUGGCAUUUUAUGACUACUUUGGGAUUAGUUAGUCUAGAGCCCAAAUGGCAAGUGGCUUUAAGAGGUAAUUAUUUAGCUUGAGGGGAGUGAUCUGACUGCUGUUUCGUUCCAGUGCCUGAUAAUUUGAAGGGGCUCACAUUCCUCAGAUAGAAAAUUCUCCCCCCCCCAUAAUCUCAAUUGUCCCAAAGAUGUUUUUAUGAUUGUUUUUAAUACUUUAAUCAACACCCAAUCAAGGCUUAUGCAAUGCAUACUUUAUGUCUUUUUAGUUCAUUUUAAACUAGAAAAGUCCCCAUUCCACUCACCGCCCCCACCCAUGAUAACUUUUUGAAAAACCUGGGUUAUUUGUUUUCUAAAUGUCACAUAUUGUGGAUUGUCUGAUUUAUUUUCUGAAGUCUUAAUUAACUUAUUUUCCUCUGUCCUCUAACUGAAAGUUACACUGAGAGGCUUGAUUCCAUUCAGUUUAAACCUUUCUGGCAAGGCUACUUAAUAGCUGACCCUGUGAACUUCGCAUUGCAUCCUGUUGGGGGUCAUCGCAAUGCUAGUCACAUUGGCUGCAUUGGAAGGCUUACAGUGGGGAUUGCAAUAGCAUCUGUAUGAAAUUCAGUUUUAACUGAGGUGAAUGGAGAAAAGAGAAAUUGAAGUUCAACUCAAAGAAUUGUUGACUUUCAAAUAUAUUUUCUUCACUACAAUGGUUACUAUUUCUUCAAAGAUACCUCUAAGAUUAAAAGGUUGUGAAAAACAUUAAGUUUAAGUCAUUAUGUUUAUUUUAAACCCGUUUCAAUUGUUGGUAACAUGUAUGAUCUCCCUGCUAUGAAAGAUGAAACCGAGUGCAACUCCUAUAAGGCUGGUGGCAGGCCCCCUCCUCUCCCUAGGUCAAAAAAGAAAAGGCUCAGGAGACCAGACCCACCAAGGACAAAACCACCAGGCCAGGCCAGCGGAGAGGUGCCACACCCAGAUGUCCACCCGGAUAAGAAAGUUUCGGCUCCUGGAUUCUGCAAAUACCGCCAGCCCCUCCUAUUUCUCAAUGACCACCAAAGGUCGCCCCAGCUCUUCCCGCCAAAAGUCCGUAGCCCGCCCAAACGUUUCCCCUCACCAAUUGUCCUUGGAAUUGGACAGAUGGCAGCCACCAUAAUGAUACUGUAUGUGUCCAAGCUAAAUAAAAUAAUCCAUUUCCCUGAUUUUGACAAGAAAAUCCCUGUAAAGCUGUUUCCUCUGCCUCUCCUCUACGUUGGAAACCACAUAAGUGGAUUAUCAAGCACGAGUAAAUUAAGCUUGCCGAUGUUCACCGUCCUCAGGAAAUUUACCAUUCCACUUACUUUGCUCCUGGAAACCAUCAUACUCGGGAAGCAGUAUUCACUGAACAUCAUUGUCAGUGUCUUUGCCAUCAUUCUUGGGGCUUUCAUAGCAGCUGGUUCCGACCUUGCAUUCAACUUGGAAGGCUAUAUUUUUGUGUUCCUGAAUGAUGUCUUCACGGCAGCGAAUGGAGUUUAUACCAAACAGAAGAUGGAUCCUAAGGAGCUGGGGAAAUACGGAGUACUUUUCUACAAUGCCUGCUUCAUGAUUAUCCCAACUUUUAUUAUUAGUGUCUCCACUGGAGACCUGCAACAGGCUACUGAAUUCAACCAAUGGAAGAAUGUUCUGUUUAUCAUGCAGUUUCUUCUUUCCUGUUUUUUGGGGUUUCUCCUGAUGUACUCCACGGUUCUGUGCAGCUAUUACAACUCGGCCCUGACCACCGCGGUGGUAGGAGCUAUCAAGAAUGUAUCCAUUGCCUACAUCGGGAUGUUAGUUGGUGGAGACUACGUUUUCUCUGUGUUAAACUUUGUAGGGUUAAAUAUUUGCAUGGCUGGGGGAUUGAGGUAUUCCUUUUUAACUCUAAGCAGCCAGUUAAAACCUCAGCAACCUGUGGAUAAAGAAAAUAUCCCUUCAGAUGUGAAGAGCCAGAGUCUGGCGCAGAAUUGCGGACCGAUUUGAGACGGGGGACACGUGGUGGGGGAUCCCCAAGAAGGGAUGUGAAGCCAGAGAUUUCAGACUUGGGACGUCACCCUCUGGUUAGGCACAAAUGGGAAUGUCUGCAAAAUGUCUACCUCAUAUGCACCGCACGCGAGCUGCCAUCAGCCCUGAGAAACGUAUCUGUGCAAAACCUUACCGGCAGAAAGUGUAUCUUCUCAAAAUAAGCCACUGGGACUUGGUAGGUAGCAUGCUGAGCGCUCACUACAGACCCGUGUGGCCCCUUGGCGCAGUGCCACGCGCUGAAGGAAGGUCAGUGUUUCUAUCAGGAAAUAGAAACAGUAACUAUUUCCUUAUCAGCACCUUGGCCUUAAUUUCAAAGGUCCCAGCCAAAGCACAUUUCCAGUGAGGACAGUUUAUUUCAGUUUAAACAGACAGUCUUUAUUUUAAUAAAAUUAGCCAGUUAACUGCCAGUAAAGUUAUUUUUUUUAGCUUUGAUAUAAGCUAUGUUGGUAUCUUUUCCUAAUCAUCAAAGUAAAAUAAAACAUCAUUUCUAUGUAUGC